UGGGCGGAGGGGUUCUUCCCUGGUGGUCACCCGGGGCGAGAGUAAUUUGCUACGCUGUGAUCGGACCUGACGUAGUGUCAGCACCUCACGGGUUACCCUCCACAUCCUCGACGUCUUUCCGGCCGGCGUAGCCAUGUGGAGCCGCUGGAAGCUGCUGAACCUGGGCUGCCGAUUUAUAAAUUACAAGCCAUGGAGGUGGAGGAGUAGUACAGCAUGUGAUAAAGCUCUAGAGUAUAAAAUAGGUGAAAAAAUCCAUGGAUUCACUAUAAAUCAGGUAACACCUCUCCCUGAGCUAUUCUUAACUGCUGUGAAACUCAAUCAUGACAGCACAGGUGCUCAAUAUUUACAUGUGGCAAGAGAAGACAAAAAUAAUUUAUUUAGUGUCCAGUUCCGUACUACUCCAAUGGAUAGUACUGGUGUUCCACAUAUUCUUGAACAUACUGUACUUUGUGGCUCUAUGAAGUAUCCCUGCAGAGAUCCUUUUUUCAAAAUGCUAAACAGAUCAUUAGCCACUUUUAUGAAUGCAUUUACAGCUAGUGAUUACACAUUAUAUCCAUUUUCAACCCAAAAUUCCAAGGAUUUUCAGAAUCUCCUCUCAGUAUAUCUGGAUGCAGUCUUCUUUCCAUGUUUGAGGGAAUUAGACUUCUGGCAAGAAGGUUGGAGACUUGAACAUGAAAAUCCAACUGACCCCCAAUCACCCCUGGUUUUUAAAGGAGUCGUUUUUAAUGAAAUGAAAGGAGCAUUUACAGACAAUGAGAGGAUAUUCUCACAGUAUCUUCAAAACCAACUCCUUCCUGAUCAUACUUACUCAGUUGUAUCUGGUGGUGAUCCACUAAGCAUCCCUGAUCUUUCAUGGGAACAACUUAAACAAUUCCAUGCUACUCAUUAUCAUCCAAGUAAUGCUAGAUUUUUUACUUAUGGCAACCUUCCAUUGGAACAGCAUUUGAGGCAAAUUCAUGAAGAAGCACUAAGUAAAUUUCAGAGAAUUGAGUCUAGUACUACAGUUCCAGCCCAGAAGCUUUGGGAUAUACCUAGGGAAUACCAUGUGACAUGUGGUCCAGAUACAUUUGCAACAGACUCAACUAAACAAACAACCAUCAGUGUCAGUUUCCUUUUGCCAGAUAUUACAGAUAUAUUUGAAGCCUUUACCUUGAAUCUUUUGUCUUCACUACUCAUUGGUGGACCUAAUUCUCCAUUUUAUAAAGCUUUAAUUGAAUCGGGUCUUGGCACAGAUUUUUCUCCUGAGGUUGGGUAUAACGGCUAUACAAGAGAAGCAUACUUCAGUGUGGGCCUGCAAGGGAUUGCUGAUAAACACAUGGAAACAGUCAAAAACAUUAUUACUAGAACAAUUGAUGAGGUUAUUGAGAAAGGAUUUGAAGAUAAUCGAGUUGAAGCUUUAUUACAUAAAAUAGAAAUACAAAUGAAGCAUCAAUCUACCAGUUUUGGACUUGCUCUAACAUCAUAUAUAGCUUCCUGCUGGAAUCAUGAAGGGGAUCCAACUGAACUUCUAAAUCUAGGAAAACAAGUGACUCAGUUCAGGAAAUGCCUUAAGGAAAAUCCAAAUUUUCUGCAAGAAAAAGUCAAGCAAUAUUUUAAGAAUAAUCAACAUAGGCUGACUUUAUCUAUGAGUCCAGAUGAAAAAUAUUAUGAGAAGCAAGCACAAAUGGAAACUGAAAAACUGAAACAAAAAGUUGAUUCUCUUUCUAUGAAAGACAGGCAACAAAUAUAUGAAAAAGGUUUAGAGUUACGGACUUUGCAAAGUAAACCACAAGAUGCUUCCUGUCUACCAGCAUUAAAAGUGUCUGACAUUGAGCGUACUAUAUCCUUUACUGAGCUGGAUAUAGCAUUGGCAGCUGAUGAAAUCCCUGUCCAGUAUUGUGCUCAGCCAACCAACGGUGUGGUCUAUUUCAGAGCCUUUUCUAGUCUGAACACACUUCCUGAGGAACUCAGGCCAUACGUGCCUCUCUUCUGCAGUGUGCUCACCAAGAUGGGUUGUGGCAUUUAUGACUACAGAGAACAAGCUCAACAAAUAGAACUAAAAACAGGAGGAAUGUCAGUCACUCCACAUGUGAUUCCAGAUGAUUCACAUUUGGAUAUGUAUGAACAGGGUGUGCUUUUUUCAUCUUUAUGCUUGGAUCGAAAUCUAUCAGACAUGAUGCAUUUAUGGAGUGAAAUAUUUAACAACCCUCACUUUGAAGAUGAGGAGCACUUUAAGGUGUUAGUUAAAAUGACUGCUCAAGAACUUUCAAAUGGAAUUCCUGAUUCUGGUCACUUAUAUGCAUCUAUUAGAGCUAGUAGAACACUUACUCCUGCCGGAGACUUACAAGAAACCUUUAAUGGCAUGGAUCAGGUGAGACUAAUGAAGCGAAUUGCAGAAACAUCAGACCUUAAGCCAAUCCUGAGAAAACUUCCACGUAUCAAGAAACAUUUGUUAAAUUGUGAUAAUAUGAGAUGUUCAGUGAAUGCUGCCCCUCAGCAGAUGUCUCAAGCAGGAAAAGAAAUUGAAAAUUUCAUAAAAAACCUUGGUCGAAGUAAAAAGGAAAGAAAAUCUGUCCGUCCCCAUGUAAUUGAGAAACCUGAUUCCAAACCAGUUGGUGGUGAUUUUAUCAACUGUCCCCAAAUUAUAAGAAAGCUAAUUACUGACCCUACUUUCAAACCAUGUCAGAUGAAGACUCAUUUCCUACUUCCUUUCCCUGUGAAUUAUGUAGGUGAAUGUGUUAGGACUGUUCCUUACACAGAUCCAGAUUAUGCCAGUCUUAGGAUCCUUGCACGUUUGAUGACUGCUAAGUUCUUGCAUACAGAAAUUAGAGAGAAAGGUGGUGCCUAUGGUGGAGGUGCUAAACUCAGCAGUAAUGGGAUAUUCACCUUUUACUCCUAUAGAGAUCCAAAUUCAAUAGAAACUCUUCAGUGUUUUGAAAAAGCAGUCAAUUGGGCCAAAUCUGGAAGCUUCACAUUAGAAGAUAUUGAUGAAGCAAAGCUUUCAGUUUUUUCAGUUGCAGAUGCUCCAGUUGCACCUUCAGACAAAGGAAUGGACCAGUUUUUAUAUGGGCUUUCAGAUGAGAUGAAGCAGGCACACAGAGAACAACUCUUUGCUGUUAGUCAUGAACAACUUAUUAAUGUUAGCAAUAAGUACCUUGGAAUUGGACAGAGCACACGAGGAUUAGCAAUACUUGGACCAGAUAAUGUGAAUAUUGAUAAAGACCCAUCAUGGGUAAUAAGAUAAUUAAGUCAAAAGAGUCUCAAAAUAAGAGCUUAGUUGACAACAUAUUAAGUAUGCUCUUAAAUUAUUAGACUCAUGACCUAAAACCACUUUAAAUGGGUCAGAUACUUUAAUGACUUUUGCACAAAACUUUAUCAUGUACAAUAUCUCAUGUUCAGAAAUUCAUUAUGUCAGAGGGAUUUAUUUGAGGACAAAACUGCCAAUUGUGAGGUACAAGUAAAAUAUCAUAAUAUGAAAUGCAAAAUUGAAGGAAUUGUGACUAAGCUUUAAAAAUGUAUUAACUGUGUAUUUUGUUAAACUUCAGGGACAUCAUUUUUAUUGCACUCUGUAGACCCUCUAUUGGCAUGUCAACCCCAUACCUUUGAAUAGCUGUCACUUUUAGAAAUAAAACAAGAUUCUGACCUA